AUUAGCAAAGCUGUCAUUGGCGAGAAAAGUGAAAUCUAUCCGCACCGCAGACGCCAUUUAAACGUUGGCGCAAGCCUGGACAGCGAGAAGACAAAAUAUUUUUGUUUUUUCCUAUCAUCCUGGUUCUGUUUGGUUCCACAUUUCGUUUUUAGUUUACCAUCGUAAGCCUUAGCUUAACACAGUAGCAGUAAGCGAUAGCACGCGGCAAAAGACGUAUGCGAUGAUCCCGAGAACUAAAGUGUUUGUAGGCAGCUUGCCACCUGCGACGAAGCCGGAGGAAGUACGCCGGUUGUUCGAAAACUAUGGCGUGGUGACGGAAUGCGACGUAAUGAAUCGAUGCGCGUUCGUGCACAUGCAGAAUCAAGAUAUGGCCGAAAGCGCGAUCCAGGCGCUGCACAACACCACCUUCAAAGGUGUGACGAUCGUGGUCGAACGUGGCCGCGUCCGGGAGCGGCCCCCGGGCGGUGUCGGUGGCGGCGGCAUGGAUAGUUCGCGGGGCCGCCCCGGCGCCGGUCCGAUGCGAGGUACACGCGGCGGAAUGCGAAGCCAACCGUACGGUGUUGGCGGUGGUUACGGAGCGGCGCGCGCCCCGGGAGUGUACGGGGCUCGCGCAAACUAUGGUACCGGUGGCCGCUACGAUGGAGGUUAUAGCUAUAGGAAUGAUGUCGGAUACAGUUCCUCCAGUAAUGCCUAUGGGUACGGGUACAGUAGCAACGGUGGCGGGUACGGUAGCACGCGCCACUCCAGCAGCGAGGAUCGCCGCGGCUUCACGUUACCAUCCUAUCCCUCCGACCCGAGCAGGGGCACGUACGGUAGCAAUUAUGAUGGCUAUUCCAGCUACGAUGGCUAUAGUAGCUACGGUUACGAUACCACACAAGCAUCCUCCAGCUACCAGCGAUGGCCAUCUACCGCACCAGCAACAGCAGAUAGCUACUCAUACGCCGGUGGCUACUCACAAGCAUCAGCGGACCCGGCGGCUGUCGGUCAAAGUACAGAUUAUAGUCAAUCUUAUCCUUCCAUGAGUGGUAGCUCAUCUGGAUACCGUGCGUCAGCAACCGCUUCACCACAGUCCUACCGUAAUUCCGUUUCCGGUUACGGGCAACCCACGUCUGGCAGAAGAUUCUAAUACGGUGCCAACCGAUCAUGCAUGAGAAGGUGUGAGAGACCCCGGGGGUGGCAGCAGUAGCAGUCGUCUAUGUUUUACGUGCGGCAUUACGUCCCUCAACCUCAUGAUUCAGCAGCCGCCAGGAUCUUUACAAAGAAACGUUUGCAGUAGCGCCGAAUAUCACUGUUACUGUCAAUCAUCAUCGUCAAAAACAAAACAACAGCACCUCAUUACUAUCGCUCACGAACCUCCUUUUAACACAAACAUACAUGUACACACAAUGAACAGUUUUCGUAAAAAUAGUUGUGUAGUAUUUGGCACUAUGCCCGAAAAUUAGAGUCACUGUCACAUUUACACACACACACACACACACACACACACACACACAUACAAACAACACAUCUUCAUUUUGGAUGACACGUAAAAAGUCGUAAUUUACUUAAUAUAUCCUAUCGUGGAACGGCAUGAAACAAUCAGCCCUUAUUAAAGUGAGUUUAUGAUUUGUUACUUGUAGCUUACAUGGUACCGGUUUGUUCUCAAUUUUACGUCUCCGUUCUUUCAAAGUUGUAACGUUGCACCUGCGGCGGAACCGUUAUUGUACCGGGAUUGUACCGAUUGCUCCUGUGGGUAGUUAGCCACAAAGGUCUCCUGAGCAUUAAUUUUUAUUUCCUUUGCGCAUUUCUUAUCACAGUUUUUGUAUGAAAGCAGUGGAAUGUGGUGUAAAAAUGCAUAACUCCUCGGGUACACUCCACCCGGGCAGGUAGCGUGCCGGCGGAAAAGGAGAGUAGAAAGACAUACAGAGCGAGAGAAAAGGGCGAUGACAAUGCACGGCGGCUGCGAAGCGUAUGGUUUACAUUGCACGGCGCGCAGUAGAAUAAUCAUAGACUGGGGGGAAAAGGUCCCGGGACGAAUGUUUUGUUAGACAUCAAGAAGUAGAGUGAGCAUUUUGCGUUUCUUUUUAUAUCUAAUUAAUUAUUUCACUUGGCCAAGAACGUUCUGGGAAGAAAAAAACAAAACAAAAUAUUCUUUAGUGUAUUUAUAUCGAUAUAUACAUUACAAAACAAUUAUAUUUACGAAAUCGAUCAGAAUGCAGAAUGGGACAGUAUCCAGCGGGAACACAGCGAAACACCGGAAACACACGUACCCCCCGGCAAUGGUGUCGCUCGAUCUGUAAUAUACACAUCCUCAUUCACAGAUCCAUACACACACACACAUACAGUAAAAACCCACACGUACAUCUGCAUAACGCGCGUACAGAACUUUUUUUUGAUAAUAGUGUAAUAAAAUCGAAAAUCAAUCAAAAUUAC